AGCAAGAAGGAAACGAGGAAAUCCAAGUGAGGUGGAUUGUAGUCCGAGCCCGACUGUCAUUUGAACACUGUUACUUCAACGUUACCCAACCCACUGAGCACCAUGGCUGAAGCAGACAUUGCACUGAUUGGUUUGGCUGUCAUGGGCCAAAACAUCGUCAUGAACAUGAACGACCAUGGCUUUGUGGUCUGCGCCUACAACAGAACAGUGUCUAAGGUGCACGACUUCCUGAAGAACGAGGCAAAGGGCUCCAAGGUGAUCGGAGCCGAGUCUUUGGAGGACAUGGUGUCCAAGCUCAAGAAGCCCAGGAGGAUCAUCCUGCUGGUCAAGGCUGGACAGGCUGUGGAUGACUUCAUUGACAAACUGGUUCCUCUUCUUGAAACUGGGGACAUCAUCAUUGAUGGCGGAAAUUCUGAAUACAGAGACACAACGCGGCGGUGUAAGAGCCUGAAAGAGAAGGGCCUGUUAUUUGUGGGCAGUGGCGUCAGUGGUGGAGAGGAAGGGGCACGUUAUGGACCCUCACUUAUGCCAGGAGGACACAAGGAUGCAUGGCCACACAUAAAAGACAUCUUCCAGAGCAUCGCUGCAAAGGUUGGGACAGGAGAACCAUGCUGCGACUGGGUUGGAGAUGAGGGCGCAGGUCACUUUGUGAAAAUGGUCCAUAAUGGCAUUGAGUAUGGCGACAUGCAGUUGAUUUGUGAGGCCUAUCACCUGAUGAAGGAUGUUUUGGGUAUGGACCACGAUGAGAUGGCCCAGGCUUUCGACAAAUGGAACAAGACAGAGCUGGACUCCUUCCUGAUCGAGAUCACGGCUAACAUCCUGAAAUUCAGGGACUCUGAUGGCACCCAUCUGCUGCCCAAGAUCAAAGACAGUGCCGGACAGAAGGGCACAGGGAAGUGGACGGCUAUCUCAGCCCUGGAGUAUGGCACACCUGUCACUUUGAUCGGUGAGGCUGUCUUUGCCAGAUGCCUGUCCUCUCUCAAGGACGAGAGAGUGGAGGCCAGCCGCAGCCUUUCAGGCCCUCAGGGGGUCAAAUUUAGCGGGGACAAGGCUGUUUUCCUUGAGGACAUCAGAAAGGCCCUCUAUGCAUCCAAGAUCAUUUCCUACGCACAGGGCUUCAUGCUGCUGCGGCAGGCAGCCAAAGAGUUCGGCUGGUCUCUUAACUACGGUGCGAUUGCUCUGAUGUGGAGAGGCGGCUGCAUCAUCCGAAGUGUCUUCCUGGGUAAAAUCAAAGAGGCGUUUGACCGAGACGCUGAGCUGCAGAACUUGCUGCUGGACACUUUCUUCACUGAUGCUGUGCAGGACUGUCAGGAGUCAUGGCGCAGAACAGUGAGCACUGGAGUCCAGUAUGGCAUCCCCAUGCCCUGUUUUACCACAGCUCUGUCCUUCUACGAUGGUUACAGACAUGGAAUGCUGCCAGCAAACCUCCUACAGGCUCAGAGGGACUACUUUGGAGCGCACACAUAUGAACUGCUGUCAAACCCCGGUCAAUUCAUCCACACCAACUGGACUGGCCACGGUGGAAACAUCUCCUCUACAUCCUACAAUGCUUAAGGACCAGCCUCACAUCAGUCAACAACACAGACAAGAUGGAUAGCCGAGGUGAAGAGGACAUGUUACACAUUCCACACACCCCAAUUAUCCCCUUAAUCCAGCUUUUUACUCCUCUCAGAUACGUGUUGCUGCAGAUUUAUUUAUCAAGAAGUGGAAUUUUAGAUUAUGUGUGCUGUAAAUGCUACACCCUGUGUGUUCUGCUGGUGCAACAACUUUUAUAGAAAAGUCCAUCUGGAUGCUUUGGUUAUCAUGCUGGCUUCCAGUGCACUAGUCAUGUUGGGCCCAGGAUUGAAGGUGUUAACGCUGGAUUAGGGUGAACCAUUGCACUGUGCUGUGUUAGGCUAAAUAAAGAUUUCAAUCCCUUUAUAA